AGAUAAGAAAAAGAAUGUGCAAGAAUAGUAUGAGGCUGUCCGUGCUCCUUUCAGUCCUUUUGUGUGGCAUUUAGCUUCAAGAUGUAGAGGAAGGAGGAGGCCGGUAGGAGAGAAAGUUUGGAGGCAAGGGAGAGAGGAGGAAGGGCAGGAGGAGAGGGGAACAACCCGUCUCUCUCCACCUCUCUGCCUUCCUCUCCUUCGCCCCCCAUCCCUACAUCCAUUGCAUGACCCACUGACCGGUCGCUUGCCGGCGUCCAUAUCGGUCAGCGUGGCGGCGGCUCACCAUUACCAGACCGUGGUGCAAUGCAAGGAGGCCCACUGAGCCCGGAGGAGUACCGGGCCGCGUCGCCGCCGGCGUUGCUGCACCAGCCGGGCUCCACCAUCGUCGUGGCCAUCGACCGGGACCGGAACAGCCAGCUGGCCGUGAAGUGGGUCGUGGACCACCUCCUCUCCGGCGCCUCCCACGUCGUCCUUCUCCACGUCGCCGCCCACUACCCCACUAACCAUGGAUUCGCCGUGGCAGAGACGACGCAGGGCGCGCUAGAGGCUGAAAUGAAGGAGAUCUUUGUCCCCUAUAGAGGAUUCUGCAACCGGAAUGGGGUGGAAGUAUCAGAGAUAGUAUUGGAAGAGGCAGACGUGUCCAAGGCCAUUCUAGGUUACAUCACGGCAAACAAGAUCCAGGGCAUUGCUCUCGGCGCAUCCAGCAGAAAUGCAUUCACCAAGAAAUUCAAGAACGCGGACGUGCCGUCGACCCUGAUGAAGUGCGCGCCGGACUACUGCAACAUUUACGUCGUCGCCAAGGGCAAGUCCGUCAACGUCAGGCUCGCCAAGUGCGGCGUGCCGGCCAUCACCGGCGCCGACUUCCCUCAGGACACUGACUCCCUCCGGGGAGGGGGAUCGUACACGAGGCGGGGCUCCAGGGGGCAGCUGCCGCCGGCAACGCCCGACGCCCGGCGCUCCAUCGACAGCCGCACUGUGCCGGAGCUCACAACCCGGCCGCCGUUCCGCGAGCGAUCGCUCCCUUCCUCGUCCAGCAAGCCCGUCUUGUUGGGCAAGAUGGGCGACUAUUCCGACGGGUGCACCCGCUCGAUGAGGCCCGACUCCCUCGGCGGUGACCUCGACUUCGGCCAGAGCACGCGCUUCUCCUCCAUAGACUUCGGCGAGAACCUCGACCUGUCCAUCACCCUCGCCGCCAGUCCCGGCCGGGAGCCCAUGUCGCCGGCCACUGGAGCGCAACGGGAGGUGGAGGUGGAGAUGCGGCGUCUGCGGCUGGAGCUGAAGCAGACGAUGGACAUGUACAACGCGGCGUGCAAGGAGGCCAUCAACGCGAAGCAGCGCGCUAAGGAGAUGCAGCUGAUGAAGCUGGAGGAGGCGCGGCGGCUGGAGGACGCUCGGCACGCGGAGGAGGCGGCGCUCGCGCUGGCCGAGAUGGAGAAGGCCAAGUGCCGCGCGGCCAUGGAGGCUGCCGAGGCGGCGCAGCGGCUGGCCGACCUGGAGGCGCAGCGGCGCCGCAACGCCGAGGUGCGCGCGCGCCGGGAGGCCGACGAGAAGGUGCGCGCCCUGGACGCCAUCUCCAGCCACGACUUCCGGUACCGCAAGUACCACAUCGACGAGAUCGAGAUGGCCACGGAGCGCUUCUCUGACGAGCUCAAAAUCGGCGAGGGCGGCUACGGCCCCGUGUACCGCGCCUCCCUGGACCACACCCCCGUCGCCAUCAAGGUGCUCCGCCCCGACGCGCACCAGGGGAGGAAGCAGUUCCAGCAGGAGGUGGAGGUGCUCAGCUGCAUCCGCCACCCCAACAUGGUCCUGCUUCUGGGCGCAUGCCCGGAGUACGGCUGCCUGGUGUACGAGUACAUGGACAACGGCAGCCUCGAGGACCGGUUGUUCCGGCGCGGAGGCACGCCGCCCAUCCCGUGGAGCCAGCGGUUCCGGAUCGCGGCGGAGAUCGCGACUGCGCUGCUGUUUCUUCACCAGACGAAGCCGGAGCCGCUGGUGCACCGGGACCUGAAGCCGGCCAACAUCCUUCUGGACCGCAACUAUGUGAGCAAGAUCAGCGACGUCGGGCUGGCGCGCCUGGUGCCGCCGUCGGUGGUGGACAGCGUGACGCAGUACCGGCUGACGGCGACGGCGGGCACCUUCUGCUACAUCGACCCAGAGUACCAGCAGACGGGAAAGCUGGGCGUCAAGUCGGACAUCUACUCCCUCGGUGUGCUGCUACUGCAGGUGGUCACCGCGCGGCCGCCCAUGGGGCUCACGCACCACGUCGAGAAGGCCAUCGACGCCGGCACCUUCGCGCAGAUGCUCGACAUCACUGUCAAGGACUGGCCCGUCGAGGAGGCGCUCGUAUACGCCAAGCUCGCGCUCAAGUGCACCGAGAUGCGGCGGAAGGACCGGCCGGACCUCGCCACCGUCAUACUGCCGGAGCUCAACCGCCUCAGGAACCUCGGACACGCCUACGAGGCGAGCGUGCGCACCGGGAGCAGCGGCAGUAGGGAAGGCGGCGCGCAGGGGCAGGAGAAGGCCAGCGUGAGCUCACCGACGGUGGGCGGCAGCUCGUGGAGGACGGCGGAGAGCUAGUGGCGGCGCGCGCACGGUGGUCCGGACGCCGUGGCCCUGUCACUCUGUCAGUUAGAGAGCGACCUCAUAUAUAUAUACGGAGAGAAGUCCAUGCAAUUAACGUUCUUUUCUUGGAGGGUUAAAUCCAUAAAACUUGGUGUAUGUACUGUUGUGUAUGAGAAAUAUUAACAUGUCUUGCAGUGCUGCUGCCUCUCUUAAUUUUGAGGGCUUUCCAUCAAUCCUUGAGCAUAUUUUGGCUUGGCCUAUCUUAGAU